AUGGCGAGAAAAAUGUUCCUGCUCAGUUUUCUCGUGCUGUGUUGUUGGAGGAGCGAGAGCCUCACGUCCAGAUCGAGAAGACAGAUAUUGUAUCCGCCGCCGAUCGUCUACCCGUAUGGAGGAACAUUCAAGCUCAUCGUGGGAUUUGCAGUGCCCGUACAACUCUCGGGCAGGAUUUUGGUUUACGGGCAGAACUUUCAGUUUCAAUACCUCUUGCCGCAGAACGCGACACUCUUCACGGAGUUCUUCGCGUCGUCGCGGCGACGACGCGCGAGCGUUAGCUGGAACGAAAGAACGACUGUCUACCGGCUCUUGGAGGAGGAGUUGGUGAGAAGGGGAAUAGACGGAAGGGAAUGCAUGAAAAAGAGCAUAUGCGAAACAGCAACGAUGCCUUUAGAGGACGAAGGACUUGUGGGGGAAUUGUUGCACCUUUUGCUCACGCCUCGGAAAAGCGACACGCCUUUAGACUCCGAGUAUUUACAAGCACUGGAACUUGGACGAGAGUAUCACGAUUGCUCACGGAUCUACAGGUCGUGUCUUCCUGGUCAAGGAAUUCUAGAUGAAAUCUCACAGAUAAUAUAAUGUAGCAAAGUUGAUGAAUUGAAAGAGAGCAUUAUAUAACUUAGCGUUUAGAAUUUAUCAUUAAGUUUAACUGUAAGCCGGAAAUAAAGGAGAGAAAUAAGUAGAUACAUUUUCCAUUUCGAUGUAUCUCGACAGUGAUGUGCGUCCAGUAUGAUUUGUGCGUACGCUGAAAGUAAAAUAUAUCGAUACGGAUAUUUGACAUUUAGUUUGACAUUUCUUUAGGAUCGAAAUACAUGUAUUGUUUUCAACAACGUGCGCGUAAUCAUUUAAAUAAACAGCUACUUCAAUAUUUGUAUAUCGAGAGGAAUCUUGACACGUGUGCGAGUCUUAUUAAACGUUUUUCAGCAAAACGCACAAGGAAACAUGUGGAAAACCAAUGUUCUCUCAAUGCGAGUCCUUUAUACAAAAGUGAAUAAUGCGCUUUCGGCUAGUUCGCUACUUCUCGCGGAACUGUGCAUUACGAGGCUUAUAAAUGGGGAAAGAAGGAUUCGAUGGAUUCGUAGUUGGAAAACCCGC